UGCAUGCUGAUGUUUCCCAUCUCCUGCAUUGAUGGAUAGAUAGCGGAGCUUUCUAGAACUGUUCCAGUACACCUCCUCAAGAGGGGCACAUCAUGGCGGCACCAAGCAUUGCUGGCCCUGGCAUGAGCAUGGAGGAGGCGAAUGACAUCUGGCAGUGUAUAAAGGACAAGGUGCUCUUUAAGAUGUGUGGCGACGGCUGGACCCCGACUCCUCACCUGCAGGACGCCCACAUGUUCCACCCGCUCUCCGUCAUCGGGAAGCGGGUGGAGCGCUCUCUCCGUCUGCGGAAGGUGCGCAGUCUCUUCCCCCUGGGGCCCCUCUCCGAACUCCUGGACCGUCCCGGCGACACCGGCCCCGACCCGCGGCCUCUGGGCCCCGUGAUGCGGGAGGGCCCCGUCCACUGCGACGUGUUCCACGAGGAGUUCCUGGACGGCGUGGGCCGCGUGCGCAUCCACGUGGUGGACUACUGGAGGGAGUCCGGCGUGCAGCCCCUGGCGCCGCACACACAGCUGACCCUGCGCGAGAGCCUGCCCUGGCUGGACUCGGUGCACCGGCUCUACCUGGUCAGCCAGACGGUGUGCUCGUCCAGCUGCCGGCUGCGCCUGCUGGGCACGGAGCAGGGCCACCAGCUGAAGCUGGGGCCCGAGACGCCGCUGGGCUUCAGCUGCCUGCGUCUGGCGGCGCAGCCCUCGGGGCUGGUGGAGGUGCGGCGGGGCUGGGAGAGCGGCUACCUCCACCCCAAGGCCCGCUGGGCCCGCUCCGACUCGCCCGAGUACGAACGGCUCAAGGGAGGGACGGCCACGGAGCCCAGAGUGAUGGGCAUGCUGUCUCAGCUCGCGUUCUCCUUUGCGCACCCUUCCACCAUGUCUCUACCUGGGCCCGUCUCACUGAGCCAGGACACCCUGAGCCCAGAACCGGAGCAGCCAGAGGAGAACCUUGACGAGGCCCUGCUUCCUCUCGACGAUGAUGAUGAGGAGGAGUGAGGAAGAGCUACAGAGGAGAGGAAGAAUGGAUUAUAAGAGAGAGAGGGAGAACACAAGGUUUCUUGGAGGGGUUGCAAAAUAGUGUGUGGGGGGAUUGGUUGACAGUCAGAUGAAGGCAGAUGACAAAACAUAAGGAAUGUGCAAGAAAAUGUAUGACUAGAAGUGGAAGGUUCCCUCUGUCAACUGAUUAAAGCUAAAUCGCAGACAAGUAG